CUUUAGGGAUUGGCGCUUGAGCGCAUGAGUCUUCUGCUUUACUAUUCGACGGACGGACCACAAACAUACAGUGCAGUCCCUCAAAUCUGGACGCCGGUGGAGGAGAUUUGAAGAUGGGAUCUGGACACAGUGGACGACUGCAAAGUGGCAUAAAAUAGAUGUUGCUAAUACGGCGUGCGAGGAGUAUUUAAGUCGGGCAUUGGCCAGGAUUUCGCCACAACGAUCUUGAGACAUCCGACAGUGAGGGACACUUUGUGAAUUGUCAACCUUUCGGACCUUUGCCGGCCUUUUGGACGUUUGUCAGCCUUUCAUUAAGUGUGAUUAUCAAGUGCCAGCCAAUAUGUCUUGGAAGAAGAAUAUGAGAAGUCGUCUGGCUGGCUACAUGGAGGUACAGAACCAGAUCAGUGCAGCCACCGUUGUGUCCUUGGGCUUCUUCACGGCUGGAAUGGUUCGCGGUUGGGCCUCUCCGGCCAUCCCCAGCCUUCAAGGCACUGAUGGACGUAGCAAUUAUUCAGACUACAGUUUGUCGUACGCGCCUCUGUCCAAGGAGCAGGCUUCAUGGAUAUCGAGCUUGACGCCCUUGGGAGCUCUUUGCGGUGGCCUUCUUUCAAGUCUGCCGUUAUCCCGAUUAGGCCGUCGUCUCACCAUGGUCAUAUCGGCCUCACUUUCCAUCUUGACGUUCAUUUUCUUGGGAACUUCGUCCAUCACCGAAUCGCUGAGCUCGAUCUUUGCGGCCAGGGCCAUCAUGGGUGUGGGGGUAGGUUUGACCAUCCCAUCGGCUCAAAUCUAUGUUGCUGAAUGUACCGAAAGCCGAAUCCGUGGAACUUUGUCUUCCAUGCCAGCCCUGUUCAUGGCUGCGGGCACUCUGCUGACUUACAUCAUGGGGGCGUAUCUGCCGUGGCAUUACUUGUCCUACUUCUGUGCCAAUUUCCCCGUUCUCUUUCUGCUCGGACUCACAAUUGUGCCAGAAUCGCCCUCAUGGCUCUUGUCCAAAAAUAAGAAUGAACCCGCAUUGAAGGCCCUCACUUGGCUCAGAGGGAAUCGCAACGUUGACAAGGAACUGGAAAUCAUACGAGAAAACAUUCAACGGUCAAACUUUGCGGCCACGAAGGCCGAAAACGACCCGUACAACGUGCCCAAAUCAGCCUGCAUCGAUUCGUCCAUCAUGAUGCCUUUGUUCAUCUCCAUGAGUUUGAUGUUUUUCCAACAAUGGAGCGGUGUGAAUGCCGUUAUUUUCUACACCGUGACCAUCUUCGACUCUGCUGGCUCCACUGUGAACAAGAACUUGGCCACGAUCAUUGUGGGUCUGGUCCAAUUCUUGGCAACUUUCGUGUCGAUUUUCUUAGUGGAUAAGGCGGGACGUCGUAUAUUACUUAUUGCAUCGGGAUUGAUCAUGGCUAUUUCAUCCGCUGCCGUGGGAACCUUCUUCUAUCUAAAAGCUGUGGAUCAACAUGAGGGCCUAGGAUGGCUACCAUUGACCGGUUUAAUCACGUUCAUGGUUGGCUAUUCGGUGGGAUUUGCCUCUGUUCCUUACGUGCUGAUGGGAGAAAUCUUGCCAAGAGCCAGUCGCAAUCUUUUAGGCUCGAUUUCUUCUGCCUUCAACUUGCUGAACACGUUCCUGGUGAUCAAGUUGUUCGUCAACUUGGAGAUUCUGAUAGGAUUUUAUGGCGUUUUUUGGGUGUACGCAUCACUCGCUUUGGCAAGUUGCCUCUUCGUGCUGAUAUUUGUUCCAGAGACAAAGGGCAAAAGUUUGGAAGAGAUUGAAACUCAUUUCAGGAAAUGAAGCUAUGUAUAGAAGCACCUUACCUUUGUAUCUCGAGCACCAAGGGGUACUGAAACAUGGGCCUUAAUCUAUUAAACUAAAUUACUAUGUUGAUCAUAAUCUCUAUGUCGAAAUACAUUUUCAUCUUCAAGAUGUGCAGGAA